AUGCAUAUCAUUUUUCUCCCACGAACGAGGCAGAUUUCCCACGACGUCAUUUUAGCAACACCGCCAAGACGUGGAAGACGCAAUCUUAUGGUGCGGUGUGUUGCCUUUGGCUGCAGUAAUGUCUUGACGAAAGGAUGUGUAGUGUAUGGUUUGAUAGAAAUAAGGCGCUUAAAAGAAUUAUGGAGACGAAUUGAAGACUCAGCAAGAAAAGAUAUUGCUCGCUUUACCAGAGAAACUAAUAAAACUGGAGGGAGGCAAGCCCCGAAAGAACUAUCAGAUAGUACAUUGUUGAUCAAAGAUUUAAUUAAUAAUGACUUUGAUGAUUAUUCUAAGGAAACUAAUAUUGAUGUUGACCACAAUUCAGAAGAGGGUGACAAUACCAACAUUGAAGUACCGGUACAGGAACCUACAGAGUUAUCAAAUGAUGACAAUAUCAAUGAUGAUGAUGGUGAAGAUGAUGUUGAUGUGAUACUCAAACCAUUCCCUCAUCCUCAAUUUCGAAGCACUCCAGCAAUUCAAACAAAACGCAGAUUUCCUUGUAAAAGGUAG